UUCUUUGUUAGUGUAUGGUAGUAGCAACGGCUUAUGUUAAUGAAAUCAUAUCAAAAUAUUCAAACACUAAAGAAUUCUUUUUGUUCCAGGGUUAAAAAAAUGGUGAUAGAAGCUGAUAAACAUACAGACGAUCGAGUAACGUUACGGCCUAGGGCGGGCGGUGACGUAAUGACUCCAGAACGAUCAGUCAGCACUUUAGACCUCGCUAUGUCCUACUCAGCACCGUCUAAUCUAGUGCUUACACCGGCUCCAGAAUGUCGAAAACUCUCCCGAGGCAUAUCACGUGCCACAGAUAACGAAGGUCUCGUCUGGGCGUUACGUAGUAACACAGAACCAGACUUGAACACACUAAGCUCAGACCACAUACUCCUGUUACCGGAUAUAUCAGUCUAUCCUACAGAUUUCAGGAUAUUUAUCGAAAAGGACCUCCUCGAAACAGCUACUUUAGUGACCUUAGAGUCCGCAAGUAUUCUCAACUGGUGGCGUGGUCGAGUACCAGGUGCCCCCAGACUCCUGCCGCUAGCGACAUCUGGUGAUGGUAACUGUCUUCCUCACGCAGCAUCGUUGGCAGCGUACGGCUUCCAUGAUAGAUUAUUGGCUUUGAGAACUAAAGUACAGACACUUUUGUCAGGGGAGGAAGGUCAGGGUCUCACAGACGCAAUUCGUCGCCGUUGGCGCUGGUCGGAAAGCCUUUCCCUAAAAUCGGCCGGCCUAACAUUAUCUGAAGCGGAAUGGGAACGGGAAUGGACUGAAUCAGUGAAAAUGGCGUCAACGGAACCGCGACCGAAACAUCAGCCGAGCGCUGCACCGCACUAUUCGGGCUUGGAACAACUUCACGUGUUUGCGCUGGCCCAUGUUAUGAGACGGCCGGUUGUCGUCUUCGCUGAUGUUGCUUUAAGGGACUUCCGUGGCGAUCCCAUAGCCCCAAUCCCAUUCGGCGGUAUCUACUUACCCCUUGAACUAGAACCAGCUUCGUGCAGUAAGGCACCGAUAUUGCUGGCGUACGACGCUGGUCAUUUCUCAGCCCUGGUGCCUUGUGAGCCUCUGCCAAGUGAUGGAGCCAGGGUUCCUUUGGAAGAUCCUUCACAGAAUCCUUUACCGAUCAGGUUCAACGUUGAUCCAGGUGAAGAGUUCCGCUGGGAUGUAGAGCCAGAUCAAAAAACCAUAAACAACCUCCUGCCAGAUGAAUUUCAGCGGUCCGCCAUGUUGGAGGCGUAUUUGGACUUGGAAAGAGUGGAGUGCCUCCAAAGCCAUCCUCCAGAAGAGUUGAGAAGGUCCUUGGAUGCCCUCUCGACUAAGAGCUCGAAGCAGAUGAACUCUGUUGCGAAGCAGUUUGGGAGUAUUGGCAGGUCAAUGAGUAGCAAACUGAAAAAGAACUUCGGCUCCAUGGCGAAGUUAACUGGGAAACUGAGUGGCAGUCAAAGUAAUCCAGAGCAUCUGGUGGAGAGGCAGACGUGUGAGGUCCUCUGUUGCAGAGUUUUAGCUGCAAGGGCACCAGUUCAGGAAGAAAUGGUCAAGAAUUACUUGAAUGAGGCCUGGAUUGGUUACACAUCGGAGAAGAAUCGGAGAGAGGAGCCCCAAAUCGCUCCGAGGUAUGGGACUGGAAGGUCCCAGUUUUAUACCGAAGCGGACAGAGAAUCCCACCAAGCCGCGAAUACUCUCACAGCGCGAUCCGUCAAACCGGCACAAGACAGAACGCUUUACCUGUCCAAAUCGACAUUUUACGACGACCGGCCCCCCUCCCCGAAGCCCUGCAGGGCUCCGCUCUGCAUGUACUACGGAAGCCCCGCCUACAACGACUACUGCUCCAGAUGCGCCCAACAACAGUAACUGGCAAACCAUAUUGGACAUGUUAUGUAACCUGUGUUCUUAAUUAAACAGACAAACAUACAAAAUCCAUUAUACAACGUUGAGUAGACAUUGUUGCCAUGGUUACAAUGUUUCUAAAACAUGGUAAUAGUAACAUACACUGUUAGUUCGGCUAAAGGUGUACAUGUUUCACAUGUAAAACGGUAAACGUGACUAAACAAUUUAGCUAAAUAACAAUAAGUACUGAAUUUUCCUGGUGGAAUAAACACCCAUAUUGGCAUCUUAACUAAAACUACAUACAUACUAACGGCAUACUAACUUAAAUCACCAAUCAAUGUAAAUUCCAAAUCGAAACAACUGUUUUACCUGAAAACGAAUCCUCUUUCAAAUACUGACUAAUACUAAGACACAAGUUAUUAAUUAAUAAUUGUAAUUCGCGUGUCAAACCCGAAUUCAUUUAUUAAUAUUUACACUUAUAAAUGUCAAAAUGAAAAAAAAACAUGUACCUUAUAACUCUAUUAUCAAGUUUUUUUAUUCUUAAAUUAUCUUCAUGGCGGCUUUAUUAAGUUAAUUUUAUAAUAGACAAACAUUUAUGUUUAUGGUUGUAUGUUAUCACAAAAUGAUGCCCAUAAGAUAAGUGUUGUUGAAUUAUGACUAUAUUUCUAAGUAUAAGGUUCAUUAUUAAGGAACCAGAAUAUUCUUAUUAGUUCACGACGGUCAAAGUAACAUGUCCAAGACCUUCCUUAUCAACCUUAUAUAAGAGCUUUGCAACAUCCCAUACAUAACAUAAACUUUAUAAAAGAAUGCUUGAAAUUAGAUUUUUUUGUAAAAUGAGGAAGUGGAAAUUACUAUUUUUUAAGUAAGAUAUUUAAUGGGUGUUAAAUAGAGCCCUAGAUUAGGUUUAAUACUCAAAGUAUUCAAAUUUAUAAGUUUCAAGUUAUUGACUCUA